CGUCUUCCCGCCAAUAUAUGGAGGAAAAGCCGAGUGAUUUUCAUGUGAAUCUGAUCGUCUAUUGAAGCUCAGACUCUCUCGCGAUCCCAAUAUUUCACGAUAAGGUAUGACUGGGAGAAACCGUACUAAUCGCCAUUCAUUCGACCAUCGGCGGCCUGGCCCUUAUCACGCCCAAGGACGUUUGGUACGAGGCCCUCCUCCUCCUCAUCCUCCUGAAAUGUUGGAGGAAAAGCUCCAAGUGCAGCAUCUCGAAAUUCGCCGGCUAUUGGCCGACAACACAAGGCUCACUGACAAUAGAGUCUCUCUGCAACAGGAGCUUGAAGCUGCUAGGGAGGAACUUCAUAGGAUGAAUAUUUUAAUUUCAAAUCUUUGUGCUGAUCUGGAUAUGCGUUCCAAGGACCUGAUAGAAAAGACUUUGAAAAUGGAAUCCGAACUUCGAGCCACUGAACCACUCAAAUCCGAGGCUACGCAACUACGUUCCGAACUAACGAUGUUGAGCACCAAUCGGCAGGAUCUUAAUGACCAAGUUCAGAGUCUCUCAAAAGAUGUUGCCAAGUUGAAAGCUGAUAAUCAACAGAUUCCAAUUUUAAAGUCCGAGAAUGAUGGAAUGCGACAACAUCUCAUCCAUGCUAGGGCUGCCAUUGACUAUGAAAAGAAGGUAAAUGUUGAGUUGACGGAACAAAGGAAGGCGAUGGAGACGAACCUAGUAUAUGUGAUACGUGAAGUUGAAAAGCUACGAGCAGAACUUGCAAAUGUUGAUGUUGGACCAUGGGCUUCUGGUGCAUCAUAUGGUGUGGCAUAUGGGAUGAAGUUCAAUAGCCUCAAUGGUGGAUUUUCAGCUCCUUAUGGCUAUCCAUAUGGAGUCCAUAUGGUACGUCUUAAGAAAUCCAUGCAAAAGUUUUGUUUUGAAAUUGGACAAUUUUGUAUUAUUCUUUAGUGUUCUUAUGCAGUUAUGCUUCUAUAUAUAUCCCAGGCUGCUGCUGACCCGGGUCCAUCAUAUGGGCUGGGUCAUCCAGGACAGGACAUGAAAAAGGAAUAAAUCGCCAUUGAGAGCUUGGCAAUCGAACCAAAAGUGGAAGGCAUUCUGCUAAAGCUCUUGGCUAUCCUCCAUAUAUGUUGAUUAGAAGCUUUUAAAUUUGUGUAUGUGCGUAUUAUUCUAGUUACUUUUAAUUGGAUAUUGUUUGCUAUGGAAAUUAACAAACAUCGAGGAGUCUAGUUUUUCUCUCUCAUUAUUGGCUAGUUUCUUCUGUACCUUAGAUGAAACCCAUAUUCUUGUUUGCUUCUGGUGUAUAGAUAUGGACUCAUUGAUAUAGUUCUGUGGGUUGAUAUGUUCUGGGAAUUGCCUACCUGAACAUGAAUUAAGAUAGAUUUCAUACUCACUUUAUCAGCAAUUGUGAAGGUUGAUCUUGGGUGAAGUUCUAAGUUGGAUAGAGAAAAUAUUAUAUGGAUGUUGAGAUUUAAUGUAUGGAGGAUGUAUUGGUAAAGCAGGUCUGAACAAAUGUACUGGAGGAGUUAGACUGGAUGAGUUCUUUUUAACAGUUCUGGUUAUGGAUGAGCUCUACUGAGGUUGCUCAUCAAAAGGAUUAGUCACCAUAUUGUAAAUACAACUCAUGUAUUUGGUAGUCAUAGCUGAUCUGAACGUUCAAUUAUUUGAAAGUUUGAGAAUACUUUUUUCCUUGUUUGCCUCCUAUACUAGUUAUUAGUUUUGAAUAUUUUAGACUGUCA